AUGGGUGCUCAUGUUAGACGGACUCCUGAGCAAGUAGUCAAUGAGAGGCAUAAUAGUAGUUCUACUCAGACUACUAUAGAGAACCGUUUUAGGACACCAGAACAAAAAGCCAAAGUUGAUUAUCACAUUGCUAAGUGGAUGUAUCAGCAAGAGGGGACUUAUUUCAUGGGAUUUGUUGAUGCAUCUGGUAUGGUUCAAAGUGCACAAAUGCUAUUUGAAUUGCUUGAUAGCAAAAUUGAUGAGAUUGGUGAGGAUUAUGUCAUUCAAGUUGUGACUGACAAUGCUUCAAACUAUAAGUUGGCUGGUAAAAUGCUUAUGGAAAAGAGAAGAAAGCUGCACACACGUCUUGAUGCAAUGAAGAAAAGAACUGGACAAAAGGAUCUUGUGAGAGCUGCAGUUACUAGAUUUGCAACUGCUUGUUUGACAUGUCAGAGUUUGGUUAAGCAUAAGGAUGCAUUGAAGCAUUUGUUUAUUUCUGAUGAGUGGAAGGGUUCCAAUUUGUCAAAAACAGAGGCUGGGAAGAAAGUGGAAGAAACGGUGUUUGCUGUACCAUUUUGGAACACUGUGGAAGAUUUUAUUAGAGCAUUGAAGCCACUUAUUGUUGUUUUGAGGAUUGUUGAUGGUGAUGAGAGGCCUGCUAUGGCUGAGGUUUAUGUUGCUAUGGAAGAGGCAAAAAAGAAAAUCCGUGAACAUUUAGCACAUAAAGAACGGCUGUGGAAGAAAAUUAUAAAUAUCAUUGACAGGCGUUGGGAGUGUCAGAUGGAGCGUCCAUUGUAUGGAGCCGCAUUAUUUCUUAAUCCCGGAAAAUUUUUCAUGUUCAAGGAAAGUGAAGAUGGCGAACUGAUUGCCAAUCUACACAUCUCAUUGAUUGAUGUCAUGACCAGACUGGUGGAUGACCCUGCUAUACAAGACAAGAUAACUUUGCAAAUUGAUGAUUAUAGAUUUUCAAUGGUUUGUACCUAUUUUGUAUGCUACUAUGUCUAUGAUGUAUUACUAUUAAUUCAGUUUUUUUAUUAUAUUUUUAUAGUUACUUGGUGGAGUACAAAUGGAGGUCGUGCUUUUGAGCUUUCAAAGCUUGCACGACGUAUAUUAGGCCUCUGUUGCUCUUCUUCUAGUUGCAAGCGCAACUGGAGCACAUUUGAGUUUAUUCAUACCAAGAAGAGGAAUAGACUGGAACAUUCUCGUUUGAAUGAUCUAGUCUAUGUUCAAUACAAUAGCCGCCUCCAAGAAAGGUUUCAACAAAGACGUGAGCUGGAAGGCAAAAACAAAAAAUAUGAUCCACUAAUUCUUGAUGAGCUGGAUUGGUCUAGUGAGUGGAUGGUUACCCAGCCAGUGGAAGAUUUAGUCCAUCCCAAUGAUGAUCUCACGUGGGACGAUGUUGGUAGAGCAAUGGGGGCAUCGAUUGAAGCCCCCAUCCGACCAAGGAGAACUCAAGCAUCAACCUCUAGAGUCAAUGUGACAUAUUCACGCCGUGGAUAUGGUAGAGGGAGAGGUAGCUCAAGGAUGGUUAAUGUUCAGGAUGACUCUGAACCAUAUGAAGACGAGGAAGAAGAGGAAGAUGAUGUGAAUGACGACAAGAAUGUCGUAGAUGACUAUGAUGGUGUCGAAGAGCCACGACAAGAAAAUCUGCCAAAUGCAGAUCUUUUAGAUGAAUAUGAUAAUUAA